CUUCAGGCCUUGCUUGUUUCUGGAGGAACGUACACAUAUCAAGGGCCUCCUUUCACUCCCGAGGUCCAGGAACGAUAUUUCUUAUUUCACCAACUUGCAGGACAAUCCCGCCCACUGUCACCUCGUAGCUCUAUAUAAGACAGGGAAAAGGACCUGAUGAUAAGAAGUCGGUCUCAAGACAAGCCCAGCCAUGCAGUGUAAAGUCCUCGCCUAUGUUGUCCUCCUGACUCUGAUAAAGCAUGUGUCUUCGAGUGAAAUUCAGGCCAGUCCAAAUACAAACGCAACCCUCCCCUGCAACGUGACGCUCUCUGCUGAGGGGGACAACAUAAACCAGUCUCUGAUCGCAGUCAGCUGGAUAAAAAAUGGCUCUGAAAUUGCCUCGUUUGGAAAAGCAGCAACGCAAAUAAAGGAAGGCUUCAGCUGGGACAACGCUGACUUCGUCAAUGGGGACUUCUCGCUGGUCGUCCUCAAAGCCAGUCUUGACCUGCAGGGGAUGUAUGAAUGCACCAUCAGCUACAACUUUACUAUUCUGCACAACAGUAACGUUACAUUUAGUAUCGUCGCAUCUCCCACUCUCUCAGUUCCUCAUCAGUGGGUGGUGCUGGAAACUAAGACCCAGCUUAAAUGCCAUGCAGAUGGUUUCUACCCUCCUCCUGUCUCUUUUUCCUGGACCAGAGCGGGAGAAGUGAUUCAACCUCCCUACCAGGUUGAGGUUGAACUGACCCCAGAUGGGUACUACAGGGCUGUGGGCAACCUGACCUUCUAUCCUUCCCAUGAGGACCAGAAUGUGACCUUUGGUUGCAAAGUCUCACACAGUGGAAACUAUCAAGAGCUGGAUUUUCAGCUCAGUAUCACCCGUCCUUCCACUCUUAGGCUUUCUGUCCUGCCGACAACCUCCAAAAACUCUCCUCUUACUCUUUACUGUGACGUGGAGAGUUUCUACCCAGAGGAAGUGUCUGUGUCCUGGUAUCAAAAUGGCACAACCCUCCCUGACCUGCCUGUCACUGAGCAGAAACCAGAUGGGAGUUACAGAACCAGACGCUACUAUACUUUAAGCCCCGAGCAGAGGGCACAGCGUGGCAAGGUGGAGUGUGCCAUGAACCAGCCUGGUUUAGUGAAUCCCGUCAGUAGCUCAGCAUACCUGGACAAGCUGGAUCCUCAGAAUGAGGCCCCAGUGCUGAAUAAAUCGGCCAAAGCAGCCGUGGCUAUGAUGUGCAUCUCUAUAGUGCUGGUCUUCCUGCUUUGCUUUGGCUUUUCUUGGAGGAGAAGAGAUGGUGAGUCAGAGCUCACCACCGUGUCGGGGAUCAUCCUCCCUCCCCGAGUGAUAGUAGGUCAAAAGGGGAGGGUGUCGCUGAGCAUUGAAGGCAGGAGGGUGGACCGGGUGCAGACCGCAUGGUUUCUCAAUGACACCCCUAUUUUUGACAACUCCCUUGCAGUGUCAGAGAAAGGUCCUCUGCUGCCCUCCAGAGGUGAAAUGGGUUACUACAAGCUGCACACUCAGGGGCCGCUGCACUCGUCCAAAAACGGCACUCAACAGCUGAUCUCCUCGCUCACUUUCAUCCCCAAGAUUUCAAUCCACAAGGGUGCUGUGUUUAAGUGCCAGGUGUCCUACAUAGGCAAGGACAAGAUCGUGGAGGAGAGGGUGUCGGAGAAGUUCACUGUUCUGUCUCCUCCUGAGGUGUCAGAAAUACAGCUGGCAGAAACACAAAGAGACUCGGAUGUCAUCAGCCUGACAGUCCGAGCGUCCCAUUUCCAUCCAGACGUCAUCACUUUCCGGUGGUUCUGCCAGGGCGGUGAGCUCAGCCCCGUGGCGUCCCAGGCAUCGUCCUCCCCUCGGCCCAAUUCAGAGGGAUUCUUUUCAGCCUACAGCCAGUGUAAACUUCCCCGCACUGAACUGGAGAAAGGAGCAACUAAAGUGUGGGUUAGCGUCCACCACAUUGCCCUGAAGCAGCCCAUCACCCGGGAGACCAGAGGAUUCAUCAGGAGGCCGUGCGUGUCUGAAAUUGUCAGCUCCACCAUUUCGCAAGAUCAAACUCUGGGAUGUGAAAUCACAGAUUUCUACCCUCCGAACAUUUCAGUGACUUGGCUUAGAUUCAGGGAGGGAGAGCAAGAUGAUGGAGAGGAGGAGGUGUUAGAGGGAGGAGAGAUAUGGGGCCCCAUACAGACUGAACCCAGACGCUACAGGGCGACAGCCACUCUGAAGAGAAGGGCAACAAAUCAGGAGAAAAUCGACAAAAGAGGAGGGAUUAUUUGUAGAGUGAGGCACUGUUCCCUACAGGAUCCUGUUGAGAAACACUGGAGAAAUGCUGACAUUGAAACAAAAGCGGCAGUCACAGACCCCGACAUCGAAGGAAUACAGUACAUCGACGAAAACGUGGAUGAGGAGAAUAACGCCAUAGACAGGGACGAGGACUCGACGUCAGACGUGGUCGAGGACGGAGAGAAGGACGGAGAGGGCGACCCGAGCGCGCUGCACAUCAAUAAGGUCAACUUGAGCAGGGUUGUCAAAGAAAACGAGAGGGCACGUCUGAGAGUCUGCGUGGAGAUCACGCACCCUGCUCUCAAGCUUCCUGUUUACCGGACAUGGACAGAGCCCAAUGAGGAGAAUUCAUCCACUGCAUGAAAGUCCUGCACCAGUCUAUUUCUAUUAUAAUGUAUCUAACAUUUAUUCCCUCAGGAAAUAUGAACUAUUACUGAUGUUUUUAGGAUAUCCAACAGUUUAUGAUGUGAUCGUGCAUUUAUUUAUAUUCUUAGUCUAUUCUUACUCUGACAUCCUUUUAUUUUUUUUUCCUUCCUGCUUAU